CAGUGGGCGCGCGAUAUCAUGCGUAGUGUGCAGCGUGGGCACGUGUGUGCAGCUGCAGUGGCCGUGAGAGUGUGUGCGUUUGCGAUGUUUGGUCGAAGUGGGAAUCGAGAUUAAUUUGCAUGAAGACAAUUGCCAGUUUGACUGUGCGUGGAUCUGUGCUGGUCGUGAUCCUCAAGACUUUGGAAAGAAAGCAUAUGGAAUAUUUGCUCUCCUGAAACACCAGAAGAUGAUGCAGUGUUGCUUUGGAUAGUUUAACAGCUGUAACAAAUGAGAAGAUAAAUUUAGCAGCCAUAACAUGCAUUUGAGGGAUCAUCAUUGCAUACAUCUUUUAUCAUAUUCCUGGUGGAAAAUGUCAGUCUUGCAAGAAAUGCUGCACAUGGGUAACGCCAGUCACUCAUAGUUCUCCUUAACACUUUCCAAGAUUAUGGGACGAAGCGGCCUGCUCCCACUGGAGCCCACAGAAUGUCUUUUGGAUAGUCCAUACUUUCGUGAAAAGCUCCAUGUAUAUGAAAAGGAGUUGGAGAAUACAAGUGCAUCAAUAAAAGUACUCACAAAGGAUAUUAAGGACCUUCUAGAUGCCACCAAACAGCUGUCACGCUGUCAGAGGACGUUUGCAGCCAGUCUGGAGAAGUUCCGCUUCAGCUACAUCGGCGGCGCCCAGACGGACGACGAGAUCGUCAUCUCGGGCUCGCUGAGGGAGUUCGGCCGACUCAUCAACCUGGUCGAGGACGAGCGGCAGCAUGUGCUGGACCACGGCUACAAGCAGAUCAUUGGCGCGCUGGAUACGUUCCGCCGCCAGCACAUCGGCGCCGCCAAGGAGGGCCGGAAAAAGUUCGAGAAGCAGAGCCACAAGUUCUGCUCCAGCCUGGAGCGGCACCUGAACCUGUCCACCAAGAAGCUGGAGGACCACACCCUGAAGGAGGCGGACGCGUCGCUGGAGCUGGACCAGCGCCAGUUUGACCAGGCCAGCCUCGACUACGUCUGCCUGCUCCAGGAGGUCCAGCAGCGCAAGAAGUUCGAGUUUGUCGAGACGCUGCUGAGUUUCAUGUACGGCUGGCUGACGUUCUACCACCAAGGACACGAUGUGGCCAGGGACUCGCAGCGCUGCAUGACGGAUCUGCAGAUUCGGCUUCAGAAGACCCGAGACGAGUUUAUCGCCACUCGUAACGAGGUUGAAUCGCUGAAGAAUCGGACGCUGGAAGUGCGACACACGAAGUCGCUAGAUGUUGGGAGCAUGGACAAGAUGUACACUAGACAGGGGUACCUGUACCUCAUGGAGAAAAAGGCGUUCGGCACCACGUGGACGAAACACUACUGCAUGUACGACAAGAAGUACCGGCAUUUCACGCUGAUCCCGUACAACCAGAUCACCGGAAAGCUGAGCUCGACGGACCAGAUGGUGGUCAGGUCUGUGCCGUCCCUGUUACAGAGCUCGACGGACCAGAUGGUGGUCAGGUCUGUGCCGUCCCUGUUACAGAGCUCGACGGACCAGAUGGUGGUUCAAAUGUACGCCCGGUACGGCGCAGAGCAGCGCGCCGACGAGACCAGCCUGGACGCGGCCGGCCUGUACUUCGUCACGCGCUGCCUCAGCCAGCUGGAGGAGCGCGGCCUGCUCGACCAGGGCCUGUACCGGGUGGUCGGCGUCAGCUCCAAGGUGAACCGGCUGGUGCAGCUGGGGCUGAGCCUGUCCAAGUUCGAGCAGGUGUCGCUGCAGAGCCCGCAGGAGUGGGAGAACAAGACGAUCACCAGCGCUGUCAAGACCUACUUCCGCAACCUGCCGGAGCCGCUCAUGACCUUCAAACUGCACUCGGAGUUCAUGAACGCCGCCAAAACGGAUAAGAAGGACGCCCGCGUGGCGAAGGUGCACAGCGUGGUCAACAAGCUACCGAAGUUGAACUUCCAGCUGCUCAAGAUCCUCAUAAAGCACCUGCAAAACGUGAGCAACAAGAGCGACCGCAAUCUGAUGUCGAUCAGCAACCUGGCCGUCUGCUUCGGACCGACGCUGCUGCGGCCCGAGGAGGACACCAUGGCCGCCAUCAUCGACAUCAAGUUCUGCAACACCGUGGUCGAGACGCUCGUGCUGAACUAUGACCUGAUAUUCGGCGGCGGCGCGCCUGGAGAGGCGCCAGAGCCGGAGCCGAACGGCCGGCCGGCGGCCAACGGUCCUUCCCCGGACCCCGAGCCGGACCCGGCACCGGCGCCCAGCUGCCAGCCGCCGGCCAAACCUCAGCUCUCGGCCUCCGCCAAGCUGCAGCGUCGCUCGCUCUCGCCGGAUCUGGGUCCGGCGGCCCGCUCCGUGCGGCUGGGGUCGGCGCGGCUCCGUGCGACCACCGCGCCGGCGCCGCUGGCGGCCGCCGAGCCGGGCAGCACGCGACCGCGGCCCAACCACGUCUCCAGCACGCUCGUGACGAGCGACCGGGACCCGUCGGAGGGCGGCAGCCCCGUCACAAACAGCAUGAGCAGCAGCAACGAGUCGCUGUCGUCGCGGUCGUCGCGGGACGGCUCGCGGCCGCAGCCGCCCGGCUCGGCCACCUCGUCGCCAUACGCCCGAGGGAAGCUGAGGGUCCGCUGUCCGCCCAGCUACCGGUCUCAGCCUGACCUGUCCGUGUCAGUGCCGGUCAGCUCGGGCCCGCCGCCCGGCCCGUCCCCGGCCGCCGGUCACGACCGCCUCAGGCGGGUGCGAACACUGUAUGCCUGCGUGGGAGAGAACGAGUCCGAGUUGUCUUUUGAGCCGAACCAAAUCAUAACAAAUGUCCGUCCGUCACGGGAGCCCGGCUGGCUGGAGGGUACGCUGAACGGCCUGCCCGGCCUGGUGCCCGACAACUACGUCGAGUUUUUGCCGUGAAGGUGCAGCGCCCGAACCUGUAGUUGCGCGGCGGUGCGUCGGCCGCGCCGGGCGCCGAGCGUCUGGUGGCGCGCUGCGGCCCGCCCAUCCCGCCGAGGGCGGCUAGUGUGAGCCGAGCUCGAGCACAGGGACAAGCAGCGGCUCCCGGCGCCCCCGUCGCCGACAGCGGCUGGGAGGCUGGCGCGUGAAACGACCGAGGCGCGAGAGCUAGCUGCGCGACCUCGAAACAUUCCGUGUCGGUCACCACGGCACCUCGGGACAUUCCAUCCGGCCACGGUGUGACUCCGAGCCAUUCCAUCCGGUCACGUGGGACCUGCCGACAUUCGGCCGCACGCGUUACGCCAUGACGCGUGCCGCGAGUUUAGCGGAUCGCCCCGGCCGGCGCGUGUUGCGACCUGUAACGCUGGUCCUUAUAUCCAUGGAACGCAACGCAGUCAUUCCAAAGGACCAUUUCUGCAAAGUGAGUUUGCAUAAUUGUCCUGUGCAUUUUUAGGGGGGAGCGACCCCAGCUCUAGAUAUUCCGUGCAGCAGCUGCCACGCCACAACCGUCUUAUGUUGAGUGGACAUGAAUUCAGCGCAGCGUUUAUAUGGGUGCAAUGUCUAUGUAUACACGCAAAGAUGUACAGAUACACUGUAUUUAUGGUAGCUUGUAUGCAUACUGUACAAAUGAUGCAUGUGCAUUGUGCAAAACUAAGAGCUCCGUGCCUUUGCAAGAUGUCGAAUAAAUCGAGCCCGGACCGGGAGUCAUGCAUUUGUUAUGCAGCAUGAAGAAAAUCUCAUCUCUCGUCUGGUCUCCUUGGCUACUCCGUCGGCUAGCCCCAGCAUUUUAUUGACACAAGCGACGCAGGGUAUACACCAUGACGUAGUUUCAUCCCACACCGGCACACAGUCGCGGAAGACAUCAGCUAAAUCCAUGAGCAGUCGAUCGACCGCGUUGCGUGUUCAGGAGCAACCCGAUAGUUUUCCCUACAUGCAUAUCACUUCAGUGAAGACAAGGGAUGCGGCGAGAACAGCACUGCCGCGGUGCAUAAGGUGGGCAUAGUUUGAGCUCCUCCAGCCCAGCGUCGAAUUCUAAUCAAAGGCAAGCUGCUGAAUACCCACCGGGAACUUGUAACAGUUGACGCUUUCUCCCCAAUCAACGAUGUAUUUCGUACUGUCACAAUCGACGCAAGAACACCAAUAAACAAAACCACCAGGUAUUUGAGGUACUGUGCAGCCCACACAGCUGCACAGCUUUGCCUAGUGCUCAAGUCAGUGAAGCCACUGACCAUUCCUAGCACAUCAAAAACAGUUUGUUGAACAAUCAGUGGUAAUAUCUAUGGUAUACUCAGUUUUGCAGGCACCAGAGCUGCAGCCCAAUUGCUAUUGCAGGUUUGUCAGGGCUGGUAGCCUCCUCAAGGUCACUGGAAAUCAG